CCAAUGCCAACCACAGUAUGGAUGCAGGAAGUGAAAAUGCUGGGAGCCCACGUGAAGCGUCAGUUGAAGGAUGCGGCCAUCAUACUUUGUGGCGGAGGGCUCCUAUUUUCCUCUUACCUUACCGUCAAAGGUGACGAGCGUUUCUACGCAGAACGAUUAUUGCCAACGUUGCAGAGGAUAAUAUCCCCCGAGCAGGCACACACUUUGUCUAUAAGGUUUGCAGCACUGGGGCUGCUCCCAAGGUGCACACAGCCCAAGUCACGAAGUCUGGAGGUGAAUGUUUUAGGUUGCAGGUUCAGGAACCCAGUGGGGUUAGCUGCCGGCUUUGACAAACACGCAGAGGCUGUUGACGGGCUCUUCAAAAUCGGCUUUGGCUUUGUAGAGAUCGGAAGUGUCACACCCAAUCCUCAGGAUGGGAAUCGACGAGUAUAGCCCAAAACCUAUAUUUUAACACAAAAAGUAAGGAGUCGUCUUAUACGCCGAUAUGGGUUUAACAGUCAUGGAAUAGAGGCUGUUCGCCAGAGACUCCUCAGUAGGACAGAGAAGCAGAAGAAACUCACAUCUGAGGGAAUGCCGCUUGGAAUAAAUCUUGGAAAAAACAAGACGUCAGAAGAUGCAGCUGCGGAUUACACAAAAGGAGUGCGAGAACUGGGCCCUCUUGCUGAUUAUCUUGUCAUCAAUGUAUCCAGUCCCAAUACUCCCGGUCUUAGGGACCUUCAAGGCAAAGAACAACUGCACCACCUGCUGGCCAAGGUGGUGAGUGCUCGGAAUGCCUUGCCCCCUGACCACAGGCCGGCGUUACUGGUGAAGAUCGCACCAGAUCUUUCUCUGCGUGAUAAGCAAGACAUUGCCAGUGUUGUUACAGAGCUAGGUAUUGACGGUUUGAUUGUCGCCAACACUACAGUCAGUCGCCCCAGUACCCUCAAGGACCCCCAGAGUUGCGAGGUGGGCGGGCUGAGUGGAGUUCCACUUCGAGACAUGGCAACGGAGACAGUGAGAGAGAUGUACGCACUGACUUCAGGCAAGGUCCCCAUUAUUGGAGUAGGAGGUAUCAGUUGUGGGUUGGAUGCUCUUCAGAAGAUCCGUGCAGGUGCUUCUCUGGUCCAGCUGUACACUGCCCUCACAUACCAAGGACCCCCUGUUGUAGGAAAAGUGGCACGGGAACUGGAGCAAUUGCUUAUUGAGCAAGGAUUUUCCAGUGUCUCAGAUGCCGUGGGUGCUGACUUUAGGACAAUUGCUCAUGAUGCAUCAGUUAAAUCAUAAGAAAAACGUAUUAUGAUAAGUAUAGUGAUCAAUACGGCAGUCCUAUUAUUUAAAGAAACACUGC